AUGGAGACUCUGUUUCGGUACUUGAGCUUCGUGCUCUUGCUGGCCGCAGUGCCCCUUACCUUCGCCCUGAAGUUCGAUAUCGAGGCCCACCCAGGACACGAAUCCGCCAGAUUCGAGCGAUGCAUUCGAAAUUUUGUUGCCAAAGACCAGCUGGUAGUUGUCACAGCCAUUACGGACGGUCAGAGAGGGGACGGCCAGAUGCUCAACUUGCAUAUCCGAGACGCCAUGGGCAAUGACUACGGAAGGCCAAAGGACGUUGCAGGCGAGAGUCGAAACGCUUUCACCUCGCAUGCCGACUCUGCGUUUGAUGUCUGCUUCGAGAACAUCCGCACAUCCAGUUCGUGCCAGGCGCCAACAAGACACGUCGAACUCGACAUCGACAUUGGUGCUGAUGCGAAGGAUUGGUCCGCAAUCCAGGCUGGCGAGAAGCUGAAGCCGGUCGAGGCAGAGCUCCGUCGAAUGGAAGAACUCGUCCAAGAAAUUGUGGGCGAGAUGGACUACCUCCGAGGACGAGAGCAGAAGCUACGGGAUACAAACGAGAGCACAAAUGAGCGAGUCAAGUGGUUCGCGUUUGGCACAAUGGGCAUGUUGGUCGGUUUAGGGGCAUGGCAGGUUGUGUACCUGAGGGCAUACUUUAGGUCAAAGCAUCUUAUCUAG